UUAACCCCUGUGAGUUAAAAUUUGGACCAACUAGAAAUGUUAUUGGAAUUUUCAAAGGAUGCUUGGGAAUUAGUCAAUAUUUCACAGAGGAUGUUUCAAGGACAUGGAUGGAUACAUGCAUAUGCAAAUAUCUAAAAGGGAAGCCAAUUUUUUCAAGUGAGGAAAUGAGAGCAGAUGACCCAACAAAAGAAAAUAAAGAACAAGCAUACCUGGAGAGGAAACUUGUUGCUUGUUCAUAACACCAAAUCCAGCUUCUUUUCAUCCAAGAAACAAUCUUCAGUUAUGUCCUGGCUCAAUUCGUCGGAUAUAAUCAGAGAAUUCAUUUAGAAUAAUUCCAGUUUGAUUUCUCCUCUGAACUUUUUAAAAUAAAGAAAGUAAAAGGGGUUUUCAUAGGCUAACCACAGCCUCAAUUCUUUCCCAGUUUAUGAUUGUGUGAAUCAGUAAAUGUUUGCAUAUGCACAUUAUGACAGGUCAAAGUCAAACAUCUAUAUAUCUUUUCUAAAGUUGUUUUUGAAACUUAUCCCAUUUCUUACCAAUCUAUCCAUUUCACUAGACCUCACAGACCAAAAAAGAAACAAAUUUGCUCAAUUUUCCUAUUUUUAAGUGAUGUCUGAAUAUGACACCACUUUGCAAACUAUGGUCCAGGUCAAACAAAGAACAAUAAUGCAACAGACAGAGAUGAUUUCACGUUGGCUCCUGAUUCUCUUCCUUGAGCAUAUAUAGUGAUGAAAGAAAACGAAGAGUGCCUCUUGAGCAGACACCAAAAACUUUUCAGCUAUGAGGACAUCAGUGCAGAUGGUGCUUCAUUUUCUCACCCUCUCAAGUCUUUUUCUGGGAAUAUCGGCCCAGACAGAAGCAGAAGCUCUGCUCAACUGGAAAAACAGCCUAAGGUCUUCCAGUCUACACAGUUGGAGGAUCACAAAUAGCAACAGCAGCCCUUGCAACUGGACUGGAAUACAGUGCAACGAAGCUGGAAGAAUUGUUGGGAUAAAUCUUCCAGAAUCCGGACUGGAUGGAACACUGGAUAGGUUUGACUUCUCUGCCUUUCCUAACCUUACUUCUCUUAAUCUCAAUAUGAACAAUCUGGUGGGAACUAUACCUGCGGGGAUUGGAAAUGCAACAAAACUUACUCUCCUUGAUCUGGGUAGCAACAAUUUCACAAAUCCUAUCCCCAUUGAAAUAGGAAACCUCUUGGAACUUGAAGUGCUUCGUCUAUAUAACAAUUCCCUCACAGGUCGAGUUCCUUACCAGCUAAGCAACCUGCAAAAGGUGUGGUUUCUUAGAAUUGGUGCAAACUUUUUAGAUGAUCCAGACCAAACUCAAUUUAAGGGCAUGGCAUCUUUGACGGACCUUUGGCUUGAUUAUAAUCUUCUAAAGGAGGUUCCUUCAUUUAUCGCUAAAUGCCCAAAGUUAGUAUUUCUUGAUUUUUCCGACAAUCUAAUCAAAGGUCAAAUUCCAAUGCAGCUGCUCAGUCCUCUGGAAAAUCUUGAAUUCCUUAACCUGACCAAAAAUUCAUUUGAAGGACCAUUUCCCACAGAAAUUAAGAGCCUCACAAAACUUCGAGACCUGAGACUGGGGAUAAACAAGCUGAAUGGCACCAUACCAGAUGAAAUCAGUCUCCUUUCUAAACUUGAAAUUCUUGAAUUGCAUGAGAAUCCUUUUGAAGGCCCAAUACCUUCUUCAAUCGGAAAUUUGAAGAUGCUUUACCAUCUAAAUCUUAUGUCUUCUGGACUGAAUUCCAGCAUUCCGGAUAAACUUGGCCUCUGCACCAACCUCAAUUUUCUUGAUCUAUCAAUUAACAGUCUGACAGGUCCAUUGCCUCUUUCCCUGGCUUCUCUAACACAAAUUAGUCACCUAGGAAUCUCUGAAAAUCAAUUGUCUGGAGAAAUACAUCCAUCUCUGAUAUCUAACUGGACACAACUCAUUUCCUUACAGCUCCAACAGAAUGCUCUAUCAGGAAUAAUUCCACCUGAAAUUGGAUUUCUAAGCAACCUCAAUUAUCUGUAUAUUUAUGACAACCAACUAUCAGGUCCUAUCGCUCCGGAAAUUGGAAAUCUCUCUAAUUUACUAGAUCUUCAGUUGGCCGACAACUUUUUGACCGGUUCCAUCCCUUCCACCAUUGGAAACUUAUCAAACCUCACGUGGUUCAGUCUGCAUAACAACACAAUCAAUGGAACAAUUCCUCCAGAAAUAGGUAAUAUGAUAAGCUUAGAAGAACUUGACUUGAGCGAAAACAAUCUGCAAGGAACCUUGCCCUCAUCAAUAACCAGUUUGGAAAAAAUCAAACUUUUCUACGUUUCAUUUAACAAUCUCUCAGGAUCCAUUCCCGAAGAUUUUGGUCCUAUUUCCUUGAAAAACAUUAGCUUCGCUUUCAACUUCUUCUCUGGGAAGCUUCCUCCUGGGCUUUGUAGAGGUGGCAAUCUCACCUACUUAGCAGCCAAUGGAAACAAGUUGGUUGGUCCUAUUCCACAAAGUCUUAGAAACUGUACAGGGCUAAACAGAGUCAGACUCGGGCGAAACCUUCUGGAUGGAGAUAUCACAAAUGCAUUUGGCAUAUACCCCAACCUCGAAUUUAUGGAAUUGCAAGAUAACCAACUUUCAGGUGCGUUAUCAUCAACCUGGGGGCAAUGCAAAAGUCUCUCGGACUUCCGUCUAUCUGGUAACAUGAUAACAGGUAAAAUUCCACCAGAACUUGGAAAUUUGUUGGAGCUGCAGUAUCUAGACCUUUCUCAAAAUCAACUGACUGGCAAAAUUCCACCAGAGUUGUUCAAAACGUCAGUCCUAACCAGAUUAAACUUGAGCAACAACCACCUCUCAAAUAAGAUACCCAGAGAGAUGGGAACACUCUCACACCUACAAGUCUUGGACUUAUCAGGUAACAAUCUCAGUGGUCCAGUACCAGAAGAACUCGGGGAUUGCCAAGCGCUGAUACUCUUAAAACUGAAUAAGAACAAAUUGAAUGGGACAAUUCCGUUUCAGCUGGGGAAUCUAGUGGCCAUACAGUCUGUUUUAGACCUAAGUCAAAAUUUACUCACAGGAAAGAUUCCCCAUCAGCUUGGAAGGUUGAUAAGAUUGGAAAUUUUAAAUCUUUCUCGCAAUCACCUUUCAGGUGAAAUACCUUCUGCCCUUCAGGAUCUUAUAAGCCUUCAAUCUGUUGAUGUAUCAUACAAUAAUCUUGAAGGUCCACUCCCAGACAAUAAGGCAUUUCAGCAGGCUCCUGCUGAGACACUGGCUGGUAAUCCUGGCCUAUGUGGUGGAGGACAAGGUUUGAGGCCCUGCAAUGAACUCACUUCAUCCGGAAACCGUAAGAGCAACAGAUGGAAACUGAUCAUUGCAAUAGCAGUUCCCCUGGUUGCUUCAGCAAGUACCUUAAUAAUUUGUGGAAUUUUCAUUUUCUGGCGUCAUUCAAGAGUUAAUCAGGAUCGAGAUGAAGAGAACAAAACUUCAAAUGGAAAGUUCUCAUUGUUUGUGUGGAAUCACAAUAAGAAAAUAGAGUUCAUGGAUAUAGUAACUGCAACAAAUAACUUUGAUAACAUACAUUGCAUAGGAAAGGGUGGACAGGGAAGUGUCUACAAGGCAGCCCUUCUGACGGGUGACAUCUUUGCUGUAAAGCGCCUUCACCCUUGGGAGGAAGAUGAAUUCUCUCACGAAGACCAGAUGAAGAAUUUAAAGUCCGAGUUGCAUGCCUUAACUGAAAUUCGACAUCGGAAUAUUGUAAAGAUGUAUGGAUUCAGUUACUUUGAAGGAUCCAUGUUCCUUGUCUCCGAAUAUGAGGAGAGGGGCAGCUUGGCUAAUCUACUACAGUGGGAUGCAGAGAAACUGAAUUGGGGUAUGAGGCUGAAGGUUAUCAAAGGAAUUGCUCAUGGCCUCUCUUACCUGCACCAUGAUUGUACACCUGCUGUUGUACACCGAGACAUAUCAGGAAAUAAUAUCCUCUUGGACACGGAUUUUGAACCCAAGAUUUCUGACUUUGGGACAGCAAGGCUCCUCAGAGAAGGCGAGACUAACUGGACAACUCCAGCUGGCUCAUAUGGCUAUAUGGCACCAGAGCUUGCAUCUACAAUGAAGUUGACAGAGAAAUGUGAUGUAUACAGUUUUGGUGUAAUUGCCCUAGAGGUCCUAAUGGGAACACACCCGAAUGAACUCCUCUCUAGUCUCCAAUCCACAGGAGGGUAUGAUCAGCUCUUCUCUGACAUUCUUGACAAAGGACUGACACCUCCUUCUGAUCAAGUUGCAGAAGACCUUGUUUUAGCAGCAAGCCUGGCUCUAAUAUGCGUGCGUGAAAAUCCAACUUCACGACCCACAAUGCAUCAAGUGUCGAGAGAAUUCUCAGUGAGGACAUAUCACCGACAAUUAGCGCAUUUCAAUAGACUAACAUUGCAGGACGUAAUAGAUAUAGUUCCCAAUUGACUAGCAAAACCUUUUUCCUGCCCCUUACCAGUACAUGAACCAAUCCACGUAUAUAUAUGAUGUUUGAUGAAUAAAACAACAAUUAUGCAUGCGUAAUUGUUUUUAGGUUAAGUUUCAGUCACAUAAUAUGAUUCCAAAGAAAAUUCAAGUUGGCAUCAUAGGAAUACUAACACUACCAGAAUCUAUAUGUAUUUUCUUUUAUUGCUUCUUUUUUUCUUCUUCGACAAUUUACGC